UUCCUGCAUUCAGAUUCCUCAAGCCUCUUUUGUAUGACGUUUGACAAAGUUUUUCACUGCGCUGGACCUGACCGGACUGCUGGAGAGCAUGAAUGUCACACCCACAUCUUAGAAAAGCUGAAGAAAAGUGUGUGCAGUUAUCGGCGCGGCCCACGGGGACCUUUUAGAACAUCUUAUUCAUUACAGGGUGAAGAAAUAAAGAUGGAGUCUGACAGUGAAGAGAAUCGAAGUGAAACAUGUGAUAGUGCGUUUCUGCCUGACUGCAUUGCUGAGCCUCCCAGUUUGCAUCUCGUAGUGGGUAAAAAGCGGGCGGCUGCGGAAGGGGCCCGUGGGGCGCCAGUCAACAAGAGGAAAUUGCUCCUUAUGAAGCCCCGGCAUUACAGUCCCAGCCCCUGCCCUAGCGAGGGGGAUGGCGAGGAAGACCUGGCAAACGCUCAGGACAAAGACGUGCCCAGGAACACUGACACUCCAGCAGAUGAGUACCUUAAUGGUGGUGAUGUCCUAGAAGACACUAUCUAUCACAACGCAAAGUCCCACCUCUUGAUAUCAUGGUCAGAACACACGAGCGAGGGUUCACCAGACCUGGUGGCUCAAAUGUCUGAACACCAAAACGAGCAAGAGGAGGAACAAAGCCUAGACUUUGAAAACAAUCAGGAGGACAUCAGAGCUGGUUAUCACCUGUCCCCAGACCAAGAUGAAGAGGAGUGGAGCAGUCCUUCAUCUCUAACUAAGGUCAACGGCAUCCAUCACAGUCCCAGUCCACCUGCAGAAGACGCCCUUAUAAAGAGACUCCAAUUAGGGCACCAACUCCAUGAAGAUGCUCUUUCUUUGUACAUUAACAAAAACAAUACAGGAUCUAUGAUGGAGGUGUUUGGUUUUUCGAGGGAGUUCAGUGAUAGUGAAGAGGAGCUCCAGACGCCCAGGAUGGAGGAGCGAGGAGGUGUUUGGGGUCCAGGUCUAGUGGCCAGGCAUUUUGAACUGGACAGGGCCCGACUGAACCUCAGUCUUCUAGAGCAGGCCAUGGUGCUACAGUCUGAACAUAGACAGGUCCUGCACAGUGCCUACAAAGAUAUGGACCACUUUCUCUUGGAGCAGAUGAACCAUGAAAGGAGGCAGCAGAUGAUGCUGGAGAUGGACAACAGGACCCUGUACUACAGCAGCAAAGACUCUCCUCGGACGGAAAAGAAAGACAUCAAAUGUCCGACACCGGGCUGUGAUGGGACGGGUCAUGUGACAGGUCUCUAUCCACAUCACCGGAGUCUAUCAGGGUGUCCUCACAAAGUCAGAUUGCCCCCAGAGGUUCUUGCCAUGCACGAAAAUGUUCUGAAGUGUCCGACCCCUGGCUGUACAGGAAGAGGCCAUGUCAAUAGUAACCGUAGCACGCAUAGAAGUCUUUCAGGCUGCCCGAUAGCUGCUGCAGAAAAGAUCUCCAAACCACAAGAGGAUCCUAUGAAAUGCAGACCGACAGCAGAGAGAACGGCUAGACCUUUAGGAAACAUGGAGAAAUUUGACUUCACGUACAGAUUUGCACAUCCCAUGGCAGCGUUGCAGGCCAGUAUGGCCAAAGACAUGGAGAAGUACAGCAAAGGCCAUUUCGAUUAUGCCAGUUUUGACGCCCAGGUCUUUGGCAAACAAACCCAGAUGGCAUCCGACCAGAACCACGAAUCUUCACACUUUCCUGAAUCUUCCGCUCAAUUUCCCUGUUUUCUGGAUCCUGGUGGUCAUUUGCUUGUGCCUGGAGACAACAGUCCCAAUCACCAUAAACCCCAAAGCAGCACCCUCCAGUCCAACAUCGCAUCCGCAGCCAUACUCAACCUCUCAACUCGUUGCCGAGACAACGGCAAGGCCCUGCCCUCCGGCCGGCCCCUGGCAUCAUCCACAAAGGACACCCUUAUUGAGGUAGAUGAGAACGGAACGCUGGAUUUAAGCAUGAAGAAGAAGAGAGAGAAAGCGCGGGACUCUCCUGUGAUGCCAGCAUUAGGAGAUGCUCUUUUUACCCCGCCUGAACCUUCGCUACCCAAAGCAGCGGGUAUCCAGAUCUCCCCAGCCAUCUAUCGAGUCCUCUAUGAACAGGACGCCUGGGACACACCAUUAAACUUUAGCAAAACACCCGUUCAACAAGACAAAGAGAUGGAUGCAUUGGAGAGGGCAUCACUUGAGGACAAAGCGUACAAUGGGGACAUGAACAUGACAAAAAACAAGAUGCUCAUAAGAGAAAACAAGAAAGAGCUAAUGAGUUGUCCGACACCAGGUUGUGACGGUAGUGGUCAUGUGACAGGGAAUUAUGCAUCACAUAGAAGUGUAUCUGGGUGCCCAUUGGCUGAUAAGACUCUUAAGUCACUAAUGGCUGCCAAUACUCAAGAACUAAAGUGCCCAACUUCUGGCUGUGAUGGUUCAGGUCAUGUGACAGGAAACUAUGCAUCUCAUAGAAGUCUGUCAGGCUGCCCUCGUGCCAGAAAAGGAGCCUUGAAGCUCACGCCAAGCAAGGAGGACAAAGAAGAGCCAGAGAUGAAGUGCCCAGUGGCAGGUUGUGAUGGCCACGGCCAUGUGUCGGGCAAAUACACGUCGCAUCGCAGUGCGGGAAGCUGCCCCAUUGCCAACAAGCGGCAGAAGGAGAGUUCCAUGAACGGAUCGGCUUUCUCCUGGAAGGUCUGUAAGCAGGAGCUACCACACUGCCCCCUGCCUGGCUGCAAUGGGUUGGGUCACGCUAAUAACGUCUUCAUUACACACAGGAGUUUGUCAGGAUGUCCGUUAAAUGCCCAGAGUAUCAAGAAAAAACUCUUAGAUGAAGAAAUGAUGAACAUCAAACUGAAAACCAGCAGUGGUAUCGAAAACAGUGAAGACAUGCAGCACUUGGAUCAUGAAAUAAAGGAACUAAAUGAAUCGAAUCUAAAGAUAGAAGCAGAUAUGAUGCAGCUUCAGACACAGAUCUCAUCCAUGGAGUGCAACUUGAAGACUAUAGAGGAAGAGAAUAAAAUAAUUGAACAGCACAACGACAGUCUGUUGAAGGAGUUAGCGCAUCUUAGUCAAGCACUUAUCAGUAGUCUCACAGAUAUACAGCUGCCACAAAUGGGUCCGAUAAAUGAACAGAAUUUCGAAGCUUACGUGAAUACAUUGAUGGAUGUGUACAAAAAUUCCGAGCACGAGUAUUCUCCGGAAUGCAAAGCCUUAUUGGACAGCAUCAGACAAGCCGUAAAGGGUAUUCAUGUAUAAGGCCAAACAGUUUGAUCAUCUGCGGAGGGCUGGCUUUGUGAUCUGUGCAAGACAUAUCAUGUAAAGAAAAUAAUAAUUAUUAUAACUCCAUUCCAUGAUGAAUUCAUUGCACUGAAAAAUACCAGCCACAUUUUCUAAUGCUAAAUAUUUCCACUUGAUAUGUUAUUUUAAGUAAAAUUUUACCUCCUUUGCACUUAUUUAUUUCCUAUGGUUUGCUUGACUUAAUUUCGUAUUCGUUCUUUUGUGUAUUACUAUAUUAUUGCUACAUAUUAUCUUUAUUCAUCGGUACUAUUUAUCACACAGCAAUCUUAUUUAUUUAUUUAUUGCUGUCAUAAUUGUUGAAAUAUUUGAUGCAACUCCAAAAUGCAAGGCCAGUUUUACAUAUUGUGAAUUUAUUUAGAGAUUAUUUGCAUUUGUUGUACAAUAAUUGGGAGUUUUAUUUGUUCGAAAUAUUUCACCUGCGUUCAGUGGCAUUUCUAGCUUGUAUUGCACCCUGGGGCGAACCCCCCCCCCACCCCCCACCCCCCAAUUGAAGAAUUGACUUCAAAUGCAAUCUAAUGCAAAGCACCCUGUGCCACCCCCAGCAAGCUGCCCAUGUUGGCCAUGCCUAAAUCCGCCACUGCCUGCAUUUUUGAUGACUUUUUAUUAACAACUGAUGUCAAAUGUAAGAUUAGUCCAUUUGCGCCACCUGUUGGUGAGCAACUGUUAUUGGUCUGUUAGAGCAGUAUACCCCAAAGUUGUUAUUUAUUGAUUUAUUUAUUUGUAAAAGUGUUGAAUGCCACUGAUUAAUUCACACAUGACAUAAUUUGUUUUGAAUCAUGAAUUUGUGUUCCAAUUACUGAGCAAAAGAAAAAUAUUGUAUCUGAACUCUCCAAACGACUGUACAGUACACCUGACCAGAGCAAAAAUCACAUCAUCAGCAUUGAAGAAAAACAAAUUCAUGAUAUCCUACUUUAUUUCCUUUUCUGUUCAUAUGAACUGCCUUUGGUGUGCACAUCCGUGUGUGCAUAUAUGUGCCUAAAUGUAAAUGAGUACAUGGAAUAUGAUGUUUUGUGGUAGAGCAGUAUUACGUGAAUGGUGAUUCAUUUUACUCUGCAGUAUUUUCUGAAUGAAAAUAAGCCUCUAAACUCUGUUUACCUACCGUUUAUACACCAUUUGUAUAUAAGUAUGUAACAAUAUUCUUGUAAAAUGGGGUUCAAGUGUUUUAUGAUCAGGCACAAUAAGGUUUAGAUUAUUUUUAGUAGCCUAAUAGGCUUCAGAAUUCCUUAACCUUCAUGAAACAAACAAUAGGCUCUAAAUUCUCAAACAUUUUUGGAAAUACCUUGACGUUCAUUUAGUUUUAUGAAUUGUAUUUUCUUAGCUGUUUCUCAAAGCACUUCACUCACUAUUUAUUCAAUGUUAUCAGCGUUUUUUUCUUUUUCUUUUCUUUUUUUCAUGGUUAUUAUAGCGUAUGACUCAUAUUACGCUACUGCAAGCGACGCCACGAACUAGAUCGCUCCCAUAGACGUUAUUUAGAGUAGCGCCAUAUUUGAUUUUUGAUGGGAAUGCAAACUAGGCUAAUUUUCACUUAAUUUUCCACAACUGGUGCUUUCUGGAGUAUUUUGUCUGCUAAAAAUAGUAAGGAAAGAUGUUUUUCAGUGUUGCGUCAUCUGAACGGUCAACGCCAAUUUAAACAACAGCUGUACAAUCCGUUAAAGCAAAGACACAGUUAGUCUAUCCCUUGCAGCCACCAUUCCAUUCCCGCCAAAAAUAAAGAUGGCGCUACUCUGACUCAAGUCUGUAAUAAUCAACGGCUCUGUCUAUACUGCUACUGUGAAUCAAAAAUGCUUCGAAAUCAGAUUUUGAAGUUGCACGCUUGCACUGUAAAAAGCUUCGUUGAUUUAAUGGGACAGAUCAAAUGUUUAGAUUGCAUUUGAAGUCAAUUCUUUACCGAAAAUUACCUUGGUAUCCAUAGUUUACACUAAAAUACAAGGUAGGCCUACUACACAAUUAAUUAGGUUAUUACAGCAAAAUUAUAACAAAAUUAUUGAGAGAUUUUCUUCAAACGGUGUAAGGAGCAAUCUUAACAUAAUGCCCUUUUAAUUUAAUGUCUUGUUUUUCUUUAUUACAGUGGUGGCUAACACCACAUUACCAGAGUGUUUUUUUUUUUUUUUUUUUAUUUAUUUGUUUUUGCAAUAACAAUAGCUGAAGAAAAUAGCCCCCUCAUAUAUCACAAGGGAGGAGGAUUCACAAAUAUAUAGCAGCAGAAUAACUUUAAUAGCAACCUGCUACAGUCCAUAAUGACUAAAUCUAUACCAAUUGAUUUCCUGUUUAAAUGCAUGGGCCAUGGCAUCCCAGAAGAUCUGAGUGCUGUUACUGAAGGCAUUUGUUAUUUUAUUACCAACGUCCUCGCAGUUGCAGCAAUUUUAAAACUUUUUCCUAAAAACAAUUUUUUCCCCUUAAAAAUGUUCCUAACAUACUGUACCCCUUUGCACUUUUUCUGUUAUUAGUGUUUAUAGCAGAACAGGCUAUAUACUUUAUCAAUUCUGUUUUCUUUUCCUGAUCAAUACUGGUUGUUUUUGAAGGAGUUUACCAUAGUUUUACAUUGUCCAUUGAUGAUGUCAAAAAUGCAUAAGCAAAUUUACAGGUCAUUCUGAAGGAAUAAAAUCACUAUAUUAUCUGACCAGAAUGAACAUAAUGAAUCGUAUCCUUAAUAAACAUAAUCAAAUCUUUUUUGUUAACAUCCAAACUAGGGUAUAAUUUAUAAUAAAUUCUGUUAAAUUAUUUUUAAUUUAGAAACCACAGAUUGUUUGCUCAGGAAGUUUUGUGAGGAAUAUUUAUUUUUUCCUUUUUGUAUUUGAUGUUUUGUAAUGUGAUAUGAAAUCUUUUUGUGUGUGAAAAAGAAAACAAAGAGUAUAAUACACAGUACUGUAAAUUAUUUAGGUUGUUUUUGUUUUUUUGCUUUUUUAAAAAUGCUUUCUUUUUUUCAGUUCAAGUAGUUUGUAUAUCAGGAUUUCCUUACACUUUUAAAAUUUCAUAAGCAGUUCUGCGCUGUGUUGUACAGUUUGUGUAUGGUAGAAAUAAACUAUUGAAAUGAUCUG